GCAGAACCGUGGCCGGUCGAUCUCUCGCCAAGAAAACAUAUAUGUGAGAUUUGGACCUGGAACCUCUGAAUUAUGAAUCUUCUAUGUUACCCGCUACAUCACUUCUUCAAUUGAUGCCCGAUAAAUUCGAGUUUCUCGAAUUAUAGCACACAUGAAUUAAAAAGUACUGUUAAAGUGGCGAGGGAAUUGGAGAAAUAAGCUAUAUUCAUGAUUGGAAUAUUUAUUCUAUUUUAUUAAUUUUAGACCAUUUUAAAUAUUAUAAUUUUACUCUGAAAAUGACAAAGCACUUGAGGGACAGAAUCAAUGUCAUUUGUGUCAUGUAUUAAGCUCAAAGCUGAAAAAGAAUUUUGCCCCAAGACAGUGAAGGAAAUGCAAAAUUAUAUGUCAGAGACAGGGGAGGAACGUGCUGUUAGACUAUAUACGGCUGCGGAGAUAAUGAAAAACGCCAGAGCCAAGGAAACUGAGGAACAGGCGGCAUUAAGGAGAAUGCAGGAGGCUCAACGAAUGGCCAGGCAUCGUGCCAAGAAAAAGCGUUGCCUGGAUGAGAAUCUCGCGAGGGAGAUUUCCAAAAUCGCCGAGCUGUCCAAGAUGCCCGUUCCUGAUUCCUCUACAAUAGCCCAGAUGUCCGAGAUGAAUAUGAAUAAAAUAUCCGCGGAAUUGAAGCAAAUGAUGGAGAGGGGAAAAGUACCUGAGCAUAUAGUUCAAAUGGCUCAACUCGCAGAGUUUAAUAAAAUGAAUUCUGAAUUGAACAAGAUGUCACAGGACAUGGCGAAGAGAUAUGAAAUGGAGAAGAUGGUAGAAUAUGCCAAGACUACGGAAUACAUGAAGAUGCAGGAGAUCGCCAAGAUGAACGAGAUGGUGAAACUUUCUGAAAUGGCCAAGUAUAACGACAUCACCAAGAUCAAUGAAAUGGCAAAGAUGAACGAGAUGAUGAAGAUAUCUCAGAUGGCCAAGAUCAACGAAGUGCAAAGGAUGAACGAGAUAGCGAAGCUGAACGAGAUGGUGAAAAUGACAGAGAUGGCAAAAUACAAUAAUGAUAUCACAAAACUGACUGAAUUCGCGCAGAUCAAUGAGAUGGCGAAAGAGAUCGCGAAAAUGAACGAGAAGACGAAGAUGAAUGAAAUGAUGAAGAUGGCAAAUAUACAAAACGACAUCGUCAAAAUGGAAAGACCAGAAUAUCAGAAUGUCAAAAUGACAAAUGAAAUGGUGAAACUGAAUGAGCUGGCUAAAAUGAACGAAAUAACGAUUACGAAGCUGAAUGAUCCGCCGAAGGUACCGGAGAUUUCGUCGCUACCACCGCCACCGCGUAUCCCCGAACCUGUGAUCACCGUGCCAAACCCGAGGAAUCUGCAGAACGUGCAGACCGUACAAGUGGCACAGGCCAGCCCGUCCAGCAUGAUCAACUACCAGACCGUGCCCGGCCAGAACAAUUAUGGCAAGUUAUUGAAUAUCAUUGAGGAGCUCGGCAGAGACAUUCGUCUGUCAUACGCGGGUAGCCGCAGCGCCGCCGAAAGGCUGAAGAAUGGCAUUCAGCAGGCUAGGAUCGCCGUGCGGGAUUGUUUGCACGAGACGCAGCACAAUGCGCAACAAUGAUCUGCCGACAUGAGUUAGAUAGCGAUUAGAUUACUUAUAGCUUUUUAUCAUUUCAUAAGACGUUGCUUUGUACGAACUGCUUAAAUUUGAGCUGCGGUAUUAACACGACGUGAUAUAUACAGUAGUGGACGUACAUGCAUAGAUCGAGCAUUUUGUUUCUAGAAAAACCUAGACUGUUAUUCUUUCAUUCUACGCGAUAUGCAUGGUCUCUUUUUCUGAAGAUACGGUAGUGUCUCUGCGCUAAGGUAAACGCAACGAUUCAACUCGAUUUCUCAACUCGGUUCCUGCAUGUACGUCGUUCGAACAAUGGCUGACAGUUUCCUAUUUUUAAGUUACAAUUUAAUACAUAGAAAUGGAAGGGACGGUACCAAUUUGUAUACACGCACUGAACUACUUAGAGAAUAUUAGAAUCUUAGUUUAUAUUUUAUAAAAAAGAAAACAGAAAAAAAAACAGUUAUAUCAUGAUUUUUGUUAAAACUCGCAUAUGCUGCAAAUUUUUAGUAUACGUUUUGAGUGAGAAAAAGAAAAGAAUGCAAAGUAAAAGCUUUUCAAAUAUGUACCUAAUGGAAAGUAUAAUCCCGUAAAUAUUUCCCGUAAUAUAUCGUUAAAUAAAUAAAAAUUUUGUAUACAA